ACAUUCACAUAAAAGUAUCUCUACACCAGUUUUUUUGGGUAAAAACAAACUAAAGUGUCCCUGGAUUGCGAUUAACCAACCCUAAACUAUGUUACUUCAAUAACAAAGCAACAUCUUAAACAAGUAGCUGUCUUCUACGACCAGUUCAACCACACCACCAAACAACAAUGAAGCUCCACAGCCUCCCAACUCUCCUCCUCCUCCUCCUAGUACUCUGUGCUGAGUCGACACAGCCUCCUCCAUUCUCGUGCGACUCAACCAACCCAUCUACCAAAUCAUACCCGUUCUGCGAAACCACCCGACCCAUCCUCCAACGAGCCCGAGACCUGGUCUCUCGUCUCACCCUCGACGAGAAAGUCUCCCAACUCGUCAACUCUGCUCCGGCCAUCGACCGACUCGGCAUCCCCGCAUACGAGUGGUGGUCGGAGGCAUUACACGGCGUAGUCGGGUUUAGCGGCAUCCGAUUCAGUGGCUCUAUCCCCGGCGCCACCAGCUUCCCUCAAGUCAUCCUCACCGGCGCCACCUUCGAUACCCAACUCUGGUAUCGAAUCGGUCAGGCUAUAGGAAAGGAAGCGAGAGCGGUGUACAAUGAAGGGCAAGCGACAGGGAUGACAUUUUGGGCACCGAAUAUAAAUGUGUUUAGGGAUCCAAGGUGGGGGAGAGGGCAAGAGACACCUGGGGAGGACCCAUUGGUUGCAGGGAGAUAUGCGGUUUCGUAUGUGAGAGGAAUACAAGGAGACAGUUUUGAAGGUGGAGAGCUCAAGGAUGGACACCUUCAAGCCUCCGCUUGUUGCAAGCAUUUCACUGCUUAUGAUUUGGAUAACUGGAAUGGCACCAAUCGUUUUGUCUUCAAUGCCAUUGUGAGUAAGCAAGACUUGGCAGACACAUACCAGCCACCAUUCAAGAGUUGUGUGGAAGAAGGGAAAGCCAGUGGAAUAAUGUGUGCUUACAACCGUGUCAAUGGCAUCCCUAACUGUGCCGACUAUGAUCUCCUCUCCAACACUGCCCGCCGACAGUGGGGUUUCCAAGGCUACAUCACUUCUGACUGUGAUGCUGUCUCCAUCAUGCAUGAUAAUCAAGGUUAUGCUAAAUCACCAGAAGAUGCUAUCGUCGAUGUUCUUAAAGCUGGCAUGGACGUGAAUUGUGGUUCCUACUUGAAGAACUACACCAAAUCAGCAGUUGAAAAGAAAAAACUAGCCAUAUCUGAGAUAGACAGAGCCCUUCACAACCUCUUCUCUGUUAGAAUGAGGUUAGGACUGUUCAAUGGCAACCCAAUCAACCUCCCUUAUGGCAACAUUGGUCCCAACCAGGUCUGCACCCAAGACCACCUCAACCUAGCCCUUGAAGCCGCCCGGAAUGGCAUCGUCCUCCUAAAAAACUCUGGCAGCCUCCUUCCUCUCUCAAAGUCAAAAACCGCUUCCCUCGCCGUGAUCGGCCCCAAUGCCGACACCACAGCAACACUGCUUGGAAACUACGAAGGCCCACCCUGCAAAUCCAUUUCACCUCUCCAAGCACUGCAAGGGUAUGUUAAAAAGGCAAUGUAUCACCCGGGUUGUAAUGCAGUCAACUGUACUUAUGUGGCCACUGACAAAGCGGUGGAGAUCGCAAAAGAAGGCGAUCAUGUGGUGCUGGUCAUGGGAUUGGAUCAAACUCAGGAGAGGGAGCAGUUUGAUCGGCAGGACUUGUUGCUCCCAGGGUAUCAACAGAGUCUCAUCACAAGUGUUGCCAAUGCUGCUAAGAAGCCCGUGGUUCUGGUGUUACUUUGUGGAGGUCCAGUUGAUGUUUCUUUCGCCAAAGAUGACCCAAAGAUUGGAAGCAUCUUGUGGGCUGGUUAUCCAGGAGAAGCGGGAGGGAUUGCUCUCGCAGAGAUCAUCUUUGGUGACCACAACCCAGGAGGGAAAUUACCCAUAACUUGGUAUCCAAAAGAUUUUGUCAAAGUACCGAUGACUGACAUGAGGAUGCGACCAGAGCCAUCAACUGGCUACCCAGGGCGCACUUACAGAUUCUACAAUGGCAGAAAAGUUUUUGAGUUUGGCUAUGGUCUUAGCUACUCUAAAUAUUCAUAUGAGUUCAUGUCUGUUACCCAGAACAAGCUCAGCUUAAAUAGAUUAUUGACUACCAAGGCAAUUGAAGACUCAGAUUCAGUUCGUUACCUGUCAGUUUCAGACAUAGGUGGAGAAACCUGCAAGAAGGCAAAUUUUUCCGCUGUUGUUGGAGUUAAAAAUCACGGUGAGAUGAAUGGUAAGCACCCAGUACUUCUAUUCGUAAGGCAUGCCAAACCAAGAAAUGGGAGUCCGGUGAAGCAGUUGGUCGGAUUCCAUAGCGUAAGCUUGAAGGCAGGAGAGAGAGCCGAGGUCGAAUUUGUGCUGAACCCUUGUGAGCACCUUAGCAGAGCUAAUGAAGAGGGGUUGAUGGUGAUUGAAAAGGGGCUGCGAUACCUGCUUGUUGGGGAUGAGAAGUAUCCCUUUUCUGUUGUAGUUUGAUACCAAGGUUUUGCACCUUCAAAAACAAAGCCUGCUUGUUGGGGAUGAGAAGUAUCCCUUUUCUGUUGUAGUUUGAUACCCGAGGUUUUGCAUCUUCAAAAACAAAGCCAAAUUUGUGUGUAUGAACUAUAGUGCAUGUUGUAGCUUAACUGUUGCUAUAAGUUAAGCCAGAAUUCAUAUAAAAGAUGGCUACACUGAA